AAAAUGGCAGGAGCGGCAGUUAUUUUGGCAAUUUUCAUUGUUGUGCUAGCUAAAGCUGAAUACAUGGUUUCAGCAGUAGGCAACAGUGCUGAUGUUCCCUACGAUGUCGGAGAACACUGUGUGUGUUCAGGAGUAUCUUGCAGUUGUUGCCGAAACUUGACCCUUAAGGCCUUCCAAACGAAGCACUAUGUUUGCAGCAAAAUCCAGUACGACAAAACGAAACAGGUGUUUGCAACCAAACUUGAAAUUGAUGCUAAAACUGCCAUAGAACAAGAUGUGCCAGUUAACAGUUCAGAACCAGUGUGUAAGGAAGUUCAAUUUGGAAACAAUAAAACAAAUGUGUGUUUCCAUUUCCGCCAUGUCAAUGUCAGCGGCGACAGUGUGUCUGGCUGCGUGCGCACCACCAUCAAAGCUGGGGAAAUGAAGCAGAUGGUGAAUUUGGGAUGUUUCAAAUUGUCCGUCACAUACAAGCUGGCAAGUCAUUUGAAGCUCCAUCGACUGGUGAGAAUUUGGCAGAAAGAAAUUCUCGUCAGACUUUUCCAUGUUGGUAUUAAAAAUGAGAAAAAGAAAGCAAAACAUAUAUUUGAUUACUAGAGACUUUGGGUUUGAAAUUGCACGGUUAUCAUUGUUUGAUGUACAUAUAGCCAUUUAGAGGCCAGAGGAUGAGCAGGUGAUAAAUUCGAACUGUAAAAAUACUGUAUCUGUUGUUAGAUUACCUACCAAAUACGUAUCAAGUUUCAUUCAAGGGUAAGGUUUACCGGGGGGAUGUAUACAGAAUGAAUUGGUAAAAUUAAAACACAUUUGUGCCGUUUUAAUUAUUUUUACUAAUAUUUAGAUCAUCUUUGAUAACACUCUUUGAUUUUAUCUUUUAUACAGUUUUUUCA